AUGAUUGCCACAUGGAAUUUAAGGGGCAUGAACAAGGAUACUAGGCAACAGGAGAUUAGCUCCUAUCUCUCAAUAUUCCACGUGCCUAUUGUGGCUUUAUUAGCAACGCGUGUGAAGAAAACUAAUGCAAACAUAAUUUGUAAGGUUUUUGGUACCAACUGGAAAAUUAUCGACAAUUACGAUCACCAUGCUAACGGGAGGAUUUGGAUUCUAUGGCUUGAGCUAAAAGUGGAAUUGAUGAAAACUGUUGAACAAUUUAUACAUAUUGUAAUAUAUGGCUUGGAUAAUUCAAUGCUCUAUAAUGCUACUGUUGUGUACACCCACAACCAACUCAAACGGAGACAUAUUCUUUGGAAGGAGAUUGUUGCAUUGGAUAUAAAUUCCAAUCACCCUUGGAUUGUGAUAGGAGAUUAUAAUAAUGUGCUCAAUAGUAAUAACCGAAUCGGGGGAAACAAUGUAACUGAAUUAAUAGCCUUCGAUAUGGCUGCAGUUUGA